AACAUCACACUAUCAAUCUGAGCCUCGUCCUCUGGACAUUUAUUUUCUCUGAAUACAGCAUUUUCAUCAGCACUUUUAAAAAUGGGCGUCUUCUUCUCUAACCUUUUCGCACGUCUCUUGAAGAAAAAAGAGAUGAGGUUGCUAAUGGUUGGUCUGGAUGCAGCAGGGAAAACCACAAUCCUCUACAAACUCAAACUUGGUGAAGUUGUCUCAUCUAUUCCAACUAUUGGUUUUAAUGUUGAGACAGUUGAUUAUAAAAACAUCGCCUUCACUGUGUGGGAUGUCGGCGGUCAGAGUGUCAUCAGAGGUCUCUGGAGACAUUACUAUGUGAACACCAAGGGUCUGAUCUUUGUGGUGGACAGCAGUGAUCCUGAGAGGAUUGAAACGGCAGCAGAGGAACUAAAAUUGAUGAUGGAGGAGGAUGAGAUGAGAGACGUCGUCCUGUUAGUUCUUGCUAACAAGCAGGAUUUACCCAAAGCCAUGACCGUCUCUGAGCUGACAGACAGACUGGGUUUACACACACUGAGAGGAAGACAGUGGUUCGUUCAGCCCACAUGUGCGGUUCAAGGAUCAGGUUUAUAUGAAGGACUGGAUUGGCUCUCGGAUCAACUGUCCAAACAACAAUAAUUCAUGAUUUAAGUCGACAUGAAAUGGAAGUUGCGAAAGUCUUCUCUUCCUUAUUGUGACGUAUAUCU